GAGAGAGGAGGGAAGGAGGCGGGAAGGAGGAGCUGACGGAGCAGCCAUAGAGGAGGAGACCUCAGCGCGCGGAGCCGCACUGUCCUCCACCAGCAGCCCACGCGGACAGACCCACGGUGACCACGGGAACCUGCCGCCACGUACGGGAACAGGGAGGGGACACAUCAUGCGGAACGAGACGACGUCUUACGACGUGACGCCCGAUCGUGUUGAUUAACUCCUGUAUCGCACCUCUCCGGAAACGAGAGCGCCCCAUGGAUGUAUAGCCGAAUAAACACUAUUUGUUGGUUUUAAACACGAAGGAUAAUACCGUAAUUUAGAAAAAAGACUUCCAGACUUCCUUGAAGACCUCCACCUCCUCCUCCGCCAUGGACAGCAGGGUUGCGGUGACGUGCGUGCUGGCAUGCGUGCUCGUGCUCGUGCGGACCCAGGCACCUGAAGCAGUGCUGAACUGCUGCGAGGGCGACGUGCUCUUCCUCCUGGACUCCUCCGGCAGCGUCUCCUCCUACGAGUACACCCGCAUGCUGGGCUUCCUGUCCGAGCUCCUGCUGCCCUUCUCAUUGGGCGAGGACCAGGUGAAGGUGGGGCUCCUCCAGGUGGGCUCCCGGCCGCGCCUGGAGUUCGGCUUCGACGCCCACAGCACCCAGGACGGCCUGCAGGAGGCGCUGCGGCGCACGCAGCCACUGCGGGGCGACACCAACACGGAGGAGGCGCUGCGCAUGGCCCGGGACUGGGUGCUCGCCCCGGGGGGCCGCGGGGGCGCCCGGGCGGAGCUCCCCAGGGUGCUGGUGUGGCUGACGGACGGGGUGAAGCCGGGCAACGUGCUGGCGCCCAUGGCGGCGCUGCGCGAGGCGGGCGUGGCCGUGCUGCUGGUGUCCACGGGCCACGGGAACUACCAGGUGCUGCGGCAGGUGGUCAGCCCGCCCAUCGAGAACAACCUGUACUUUGUGGACAUCGACGACAUGAGCAUCAUCACCGAGGACCUGAGGGAGGCCAUCAUAGAGGUCAUCCGGGCGCGGAGACUCAACGUCCACGACGUCUCCACCAACUCCGCCAAGCUCCAGUGGCGCCCGGUCCUGGCCGGGCUGGGGGGUUACUACGAGAUCCGGUUCGGCCCGGUCCCGACGGGCGGGGCCGGGGGAGGGACCGGGGGCGGCGGCGGGGGGGGGUCCGGCACCAGCCCCAGCCAGGGGGGCGGUGAGUACCAGAGGCUGGUGCGGCCCGCGGACAUCAGCUCGGCCGUGCUCACGGGCCUGAGGCCGGACACCACCUACCGGGCCACGCUCACCCCCGAGUCCAACGAGGACGUCCUCACCCCCAUCUCCGUCACCUUCACCACCAAGCCAGAGGUCCUGAGCCCGGCCACAGUGACCGUCUCAGAGUCGGGCCAGACCAGCAUCAAGGUGAGCUGGGGUCCACUCCAGCCAGAGUCCGUCUCCUCCUACCUGGUGGAGUACUCCGCCCUCCCCACGGGGAAGCUCCACACGCUGACGGUGUCCGGCGGGCAGAACUACACGCUGCUCCGCGACCUCCACCCUGACACCACCUACCUGGUCACGGUCAGCGCGCGCCACGCCUCUGGGCGGGAGCGGGCCCUAUCCGUCAAGGCCUGCACCCAGGAAGCGGCGCCGGCCCUGACGGACCUCCAGCUGACGGCGGUGGGCAGCGGCUCGGUGCAGGUGGACUGGCGGGGCCAGGCCGACGGGGUCCGGGGCUACUGGCUGACCUGGCAGGGGGCCGCCGCCCCGGGGGGCCACUCCAACUCCCUGCUGGCGCCGCCGCCGCCGCCCCGGCCCUCCGCCUCCCACUACCUGCCCGCCGGCGCCCUGUCCACGCGCCUGGACCAGCUGCCCCCCGCCGCCCGGGUGUGCGUGUCCCCCGUGUACCGCGCCGCGCGGGGUGACGGCCUCUGCUGCACGGCCCGGUUCAACACAGAUGCGCGUGUGUACGGCCACCAGUCCUAACCUCCCCCCCCCAACCCCCCCCAGACUGACUCAGCACCUUACCAAACAUGGAGGCUCGUCGAUGAGGAAGAGGAGAAGAAUCUUGAUGUUUCAUCUCCCCUUUUCUCCCGCUCUGCUCCUUUCAUGGACGUGUGUGCUUUGGCGAGCGCGGUGCGGGUUCGACGCCAGAGACACUUACCGCACGCCCUUGAGCCGCUGAGUCUUGGCGCUCAACUCGCGGCCACCCGGCCUCACGACGGCUCACCUGUUUUGUACCUGUAAUAUAAUUGUACAAAUAUUUGCUAGGUGUGGAAAAAAAAAAAAAGGAUCAUAAAGUGGAAGGAGGGAAGGAGUAAUGUAAUAUUAUACUGCCGGAGGAUGCAGACGGAGAGAUAGGGUUUUAUGGACGUCCGUCUUUCCUUCAGACAAAGCAAAUAUUUGGAUCUGGAAUAUAAUUGUGCAGAUAUUUGCUUUGUGUCAAAGGGAUAAAGAGGUGGAAAUAGUCAAUGCGACUGUAAUGUGUAAAAGCUGAAGAGUGUGUGUUGCUGAGAAUGGUCUGGCAUUCUAACAUAGCAAGAUCUGAUUUGAACUUCCACAGCAUAUGGUGGAUUCCAUGCGAAAAUCAUUUUAUUUCUAAUCUGGUGAAUGCAUAGAGAACAUUUGAGAUCCAUUCUCUCUGAUUAGUUACACGUUUAAGCCCUAAAUAUUCUCUCUGUCUUCUGACAUAUGCUCCAUAUCUCUGGGAACUUGUUGAUGCCAAACACACACACACACACACACACACACCAUUUUCCUCAUAACAUCGCCUUCAGGACAGCUUUUAUACCUUGAUUGAAUAACCUUGUAAAAUAGUUGGCCUACACAAACAUAAAAAGAAGGGCUUAGCACACAAACACAAACAAAAACUACAUAAGGCUACACAGUUAAAUCAGCAAAGGUAUUCUUUUCAAUAUCACAUGCUUUUACAUCUAUAAUUCACGUUUACUCAUCAAUGUGUUUGUCCAUUAGAGGACGAGUAUGCGAUGCAUUUCUACGUUGUUUUUCCACAAACGGAAGGCAGUUGGCAGGCUGUUUGUUAAUAGGUAUUUGCUGCCCCCUAUGGGAACCAAUAGUUAUUACAGCUGAGGUUGAACUUUGGUUUUAUAGUGAGAAUAUCACCACAGAUAUUUAACAGGAACUUGUAUUAAAAUAAUAAAAAUAAUAACUAAUU